AUGCGUCCAUCCCUUUGUCCCUCCAUUCCUGAAACUGGGUUGUUUGUGUUAGAAAAAAGAAGUCAGCGAUUUUUCGGUGGGAGGAAAGGCAAAGGCCGAGGUGGUGCGGUAGUGGCGAAGCAGACGGACCGUGUGGCUCCAGUUACGGAGAAAGCGUUGCGAGUUGAUGCUUUGGGUGAGGAAGUGGACGGUGAGUAUCUCGAUUUGCCAUUGAAUUUGAAGUUUCCUCCUAAGGGAUCGCAGCCACCGUUGUUGGGUCGUCGGAAGGUGGCAUUGGCCAGCGGAGACGUGCGACUAACUCGGAGUUUGCGCGACAUCGCAGAUUACAAGCGAAAUUUUCCCGAUCUGUAUUCUCAUGGGCGCCAGCCUUUGAUUUGGUUGCCGAGGAAUACAUAUGAGGCGCACAUGCGGUCCUCGGCGCUGGGGGCUCCUGCCGAGCCGGCGAAGAUCAACAUCCCCCCAUUUGGACCGGUGGCGGAGAACGAGAAGCUGUCUGUGAUAAUGACUCCUGAGGGUGCGUUCGACUUGAAGCCGCUGGACGCUAGUGUAUUUGUGGCUAUGUCGGCGCAGUAUAAAAUCGUCGACCUGGGCAACGGCUGCUGGGUUCACAAACACUUCAGUCCCGACAUACAAACCAGACAGUAUCGGGCACCCGAGGUCUUGAUUGGCGCCGGCUACGAUACCUCUGCCGACAUCUGGAGCUUCGCGUGCCUCAUGUUCGAAAUGAUCACAGGCGACUACCUGUUCGAACCCAAGGGCGCCGCCGACUAUAGCCGCGAUGAGGACCACCUGGCACUCGUUAUCGAACUACUCGGCCCUCUACCGCGAUCACUCCUCGCAAAGGCCCCAGACAGCCAACGCAUCUUUACCCCCGAAGGAACUCUACGACGAAUCGUCGACCUCAAAUUCUGGGGACUCGAAGAUGUGCUCAUCAACCGGUACCACCUGCCGCCCAGCGAAGCCUCCUAUCUCACAGACUUCCUCCUGCCCAUGCUCGAGCUCGAUCCCAACCAACGAGCCAGCGCCUACGAAAUGCUCGACCAUCCUUGGCUCAGGCUAAAGCAAACUGCCACCCAAACCAUACCCGAACAUGUAACCAUCACCCCCCAUUCUGUUCAACCCCCCCCCCCCCAUUUUAUCGGUCUUGUCGGUCCCUCCCUUCCAGCCUGGACACAACACCCCUCCAACCCCGGACAUCAUUCCCCCGCCCAUAAUUAUUCGGUUUGCAGUUAUGUAAAGCUACCCCGGAAGCAAGAGCUUUUGCUCGGCGGAAACACCCCGAUCUUGUUGCCGCAGGCUGCACAAGUAGUACGGGGACUAGCUAAUGACUUGCGGGAAUUAUAA